GAAUCCGCAGAAAGUUUUAUGAUCAGACAACAUGACAUUAGUUCUGUGGCAUUAUUGAUCUGUUCUGCUUCAGAUCGCCCCUUCUUCAGCUUUUGCGUGUCGGGGUGAAAUUUACAUUGAGAAAAAUACGAAUUUAUAACAUGGCUCCAACAGUGCACCAGUUCUCUACUAAUUCAGGUGGUAGGCUGAUUUCCCUAGAGGAUGAACUCAGGGAGGUGCUGCAAAAGAGGAUCAUGGUCUUGGAUGGAGGGAUGGGGACCAUGAUCCAGCAGCGUAAUCUGGUGGAAGAGGACUUUAGAGGUCAAGAGUUCAAAGAGCACCCAAAAUCUUUAAAAGGAAACAAUGACUUAUUGAGCAUCACUCAGCCAGAUGUCAUUUACAGUAUCCACAAGGAUUACUUGCUUGCUGGGGCAGACAUAAUCGAGACCAACACGUUCAGCAGCACAAGCACAGCACAAGCUGAUUAUGGACUGGAAGCUCUGGCUUAUCGUCUGAAUAAGGUAUCAGCAGAGAUUGCCAGGAAAGCUGCAGAUGAUGUAACCACCCAGACAGGUUUGAAGAGAUAUGUCGCAGGAGCUGUUGGUCCAACCAAUAAAACGCUGUCUGUGUCACCCUCAGUGGAGAGACCUGACUACAGGAACAUCACGUUUGACGAGCUGGUGGAGGCGUACUCUGAACAGGUCAGGGGGCUCCUGGAUGGUGGUGUUGAUAUCCUUCUGGUGGAGACUAUCUUCGACACAGCUAAUGCUAAAGCAGCUUUGUUUGCCAUUGAUAAGCUGUUUGCAGAUAAUUAUGAGAGAAGACCAAUAUUUAUCUCGGGGACCAUUGUUGAUAAGAGCGGCCGUACUCUCUCAGGACAAACAGGGGAAGCUUUCGUCAUCAGUGUGGCCCACGCCAAGCCUCUAUGUAUUGGUCUGAACUGUGCUUUAGGUGCCACAGAGAUGAGGCCGUUUAUAGAGGCCAUUGGGAAAAGCACCACUGCCUUCAUCUUGUGUUACCCUAACGCAGGCCUUCCCAAUACCUUUGGGGGCUAUGAUGAAACUCCUGAUGUGACAGCCACACAUUUAAAGGAGUUUGCCACUGAUGGCUUGGUUAACGUCGUUGGCGGUUGCUGUGGGACGACACCUGAACACAUACGGUCUAUAGCUGAGAGAGUGAAACAGUGCCAGCCCAGGGUUCCUCCUGCAGAUGUUUAUCAGGACUACAUGCUGCUUUCUGGUCUUGAGCCAUUUCGUAUUGGACCUUACACCAAUUUUGUGAACAUUGGUGAACGCUGCAACGUUGCUGGGUCCCGCAAAUUUGCAAAGCUGAUCAUGGCAGGGAAUUAUGAGGAGGCGCUGAGUAUAGCUAAAACCCAGGUGGAGAUGGGAGCCCAGGUGUUGGACAUUAACAUGGAUGAAGGCAUGCUGGAGGGACCCACUGCCAUGGCGCGUUUCUGUAACCUUAUCGCCUCUGAACCUGACAUCGCCAAGGUUCCACUCUGCAUUGACUCCUCUAACUUUAAGGUUAUAGAGGCAGGUUUGAAGUGCUGUCAAGGCAAGUGUAUAGUGAACAGCAUUAGCCUGAAGGAGGGCGAAGCAGACUUCCUGGACAAGGCCAAACAGGUCCGUCGCUAUGGUGCUGCUGUGGUCGUAAUGGCGUUUGAUGAGGAAGGACAGGCAACAGAAACUGAACAGAAGGUCCAGAUUUGUACUCGAGCCUAUUAUCUCCUGGUCAAAGAGGUGGGCUUCAAUCCAAAUGACAUUAUCUUUGACCCCAACAUCCUCACCAUCGGCACUGGAAUGGACGAGCACAGCAUGUAUGCCAUCAACUUCAUCAGGGCCACCAGGAUCAUAAAGGAGAGUCUUCCUGGAGCAAGGGUCAGUGGUGGACUGUCCAAUUUGUCCUUCUCCUUCAGAGGCAUGGAGGCCAUCAGAGAAGCUAUGCAUGCAGCCUUCCUCUACCAUGCUAUUAAGGAUGGUAUGGACAUGGGCAUUGUGAAUGCAGGCAAUCUCCCCCUGUAUGAUGAUAUUGAUAAAGAACUGCUCGCGCUGUGUGAGAACCUGAUCUGGAACCGAGACCCAGAGGCCACAGAGAAGCUGCUGGUCUAUGCACAGAGUAAAGGUAAAGGAGGAAAGAAGGUGAUUCAGACAGACGAGUGGAGAAAAGGGACUGUGGAGGAGAGACUGGAGUAUGCCCUCAUUAAGGGCAUAGAGAAGUAUGUGGUGGAGGACACAGGGGAGGCCCGUGUUCAGACAGAUCUAUACCCCAGACCUUUACACGUGAUUGAGGGGCCGCUGAUGAACGGGAUGAAGGUGGUGGGAGACCUGUUUGGAGCAGGAAAGAUGUUCCUCCCUCAGGUAAUAAAAUCUGCCAGGGUGAUGAAAAAAGCAGUGGCUUUCCUGAUUCCCUUCAUGGAGAAGGAGAGAGAAGAGAUGAUGGCCCUGACUGGGUCCUCUGAGGAAACAGAUCCAUACCAGGGCACUAUCGUACUGGCCACAGUGAAGGGUGAUGUUCAUGACAUCGGCAAAAACAUUGUGGGCGUCGUGCUCGGCUGCAACAACUUCCGAGUGAUUGACUUGGGAGUGAUGGUCCCGUGUGAUAAAAUCCUGAAGGAGGCCAUAGAGAGAAAAGCAGAUAUCAUCGGACUGUCCGGACUCAUCACCCCCUCUCUGGAUGAGAUGAUCUACGUUGCCAAGGAGAUGGAACGUCUGGGCAUGAAGAUCCCUCUGCUGAUAGGAGGAGCCACCACAUCGAAAACUCACACCGCAGUUAAGAUUGCUCCUCGGUACAGCGCUCCAGUGGUCCACGUUCUCGACGCGUCCCGCAGCGUUGUGGUGUGCUCACAGCUUCUGGAUGAAAAUGUGAGGGAGGACUUCUUCGAGGAGGUGACAGAAGAGUAUGAGGAAAUCAGACAGGAACACUAUGACUCUCUGAAGGAACGCCGAUUCCUGUCUCUAGAACAAGCACGGGAGAAAGGCCUACACUUGGACUGGCAGUCUCUACCUACACCAGUGCGUCCUCAGUUCAUUGGCACUCAAGUGUUUGAGAACUACGACCUGCGCAGGCUGGUUGACUACAUCGACUGGAAACCAUUCUUUGACGUUUGGCAGCUUAGGGGUAAAUAUCCCAACAGAGGUUACCCGAAAAUCUUCAAAGACAAAACCGUGGGAGAGGAGGCAAGGCGGGUUUAUGAUGAUGCUCACAGGCUGCUGAAUAAGUUGAUUGACACUCAGAAGCUGCAGGCUCAAGGUGUGGUGGGCUUCUGGCCAGCACAGAGCAUAGGAGAUGACAUUCAUGUUUAUGCUGAUGACAUCACUCCUCGUAGCUCCGCCCCAGUGGCCACGUUUUAUGGACUUCGACAACAGGCGGAGAAGGACUCGGCGAGCAGUGAACCGUACAUGUGCCUGUCUGAUUUCGUGGCUCCGCGGGACAGCGGCGUUCCAGACUACGUGGGCGUGUUUGCUGUGGCGUGUUUUGGAGCCGAAGAGCUUAGCCGACAGUUUGAGAGCCAGGGAGAUGACUACAACAGCAUCAUGGUCAAAGCGCUCGCCGAUAGGCUGGCUGAGGCAUUUGCUGAGGAGCUUCACGCCCGUGUGCGGAAGGACUUGUGGGGCUACAGUGCCGAGGAACAUCUGCAAGCCUCGGACCUCCACCGGCUCCGUUAUGACGGGAUCAGACCCGCUGCUGGCUAUCCCAGCCAACCGGACCACACUGAGAAACUGACCAUGUGGAAACUGGCAGACAUCCAGGAGAAAACAGGCAUUGGGUUGACUGAGUCUCUGGCAAUGAGUCCUGCUGCAUCUGUCUCUGGACUCUACUUCUCCAACCCCAAGUCCAGCUACUUUGCUGUGGGCAAGAUCACCAAAGAACAGGUGGAGGACUAUGCCCGGAGGAAAAACAUGCCUGUGGUGGAGGUGGAGAAAUGGCUUGGUCCUGUUUUAGGCUAUGAGACAGACUGAUGGAACUAAAUGCUACCUAGACUGACUCGACUGACACAGUCCACAAUUUCAUCAUGUUUACAUUGAGUGCCAUGGAGGACUGGAUACAUCCAUGCUUGAUCUUUCUUUUGAAUGACACACCCAAUCAACUGGAUUUUUGAUACUGUGGUUUUAAUGUGUUUUUAAUCUCUGGUGUUCCUAUCACCAGUGUCAAGGCAGUGGGUUUUAAGAUUAUUUAAGAAAUUGAGAAUGUGCCAGACUUAAUAUUUUGCCACUGUUCAACACCUCAGCAUCAGAUGCUAAAGUGCACCAUGUUUUCUUUAAAGCGGAAUGGUUUCAUGUGCACAUUUGACUUCAAGAGAAUAUUUUUUCUUUUUUUUUUUUUUCAUUCAGAACAUUCUUUUCGGAGAGUCACAUGUUAGUGACUGUUAUGACUGUCAAAGAAAAAAAAAAAAAGAUGUAUAAAAGAUUUAUCGUGUCCUGUUGAUUUUUCAAAAAAGGCAUAGGUGGUGAAGACCUUGUUUUAAAUGAUGUUUCACAUUGACUAAUUUGUCUUUAUUAAAUUUUAAAGAGAUUUUGCAAGUUUU